AUGGACAACGGAGAAGGACCAACGCUCCCUGAGGCACCCCGGCGUCGCAUGGGUGUGAUCCCUUUCCAUGGCGCCGUCCCCCGCACGGGAUCACCUUCCUGCCAGCACACCGACGGUGCUCGGCAAUCCCACGACCAGAUUGCGGAGUCCGGUCAAACCCAGAAUGGGUCACACUCCGGGGAAGAUUUGGCUCCGCAUGAGGGUUGCAUGGCAUGGCUGGAGACCAAGCAGUACUUCAACAACACGCAGGAGAAAUUGGCUGUGCUGAAGAGCCCGGGGCAGAGCACUCUCAUCCGAGGUCAUGGGGAUAAAGCCCCUGAAUGCCUUGUGUAG